CUGUGAGCUAUGACAGGAAUUCUCUUUAACACUUAGCCUUAAACCAAGUUCCCCUCUAUCCCCAAGCCAGGAGCAGCUCUCAGGACCGGAGAGCCAGAGCACUCCAGCUAUUUCAGCCACAUGAAAAGCGCUGGAAUUGAGAUCCCAGCUCAGACGACACCGGGAGUUCCUUCUACCCUCUAAAGAGCUUUGUGUUUUCUCACCUGGCUGCUUGGGACUGUCCUCAGGCAGUAAACAAAUCCAGAGAGCAGGGAUAAGAUCUCGUGAAUAUGUCGAAACAGCCAAUUUCCAAUGUUAGAGCCAUCCAGUAGCACGGACUCUGAAACAGACUGCAGUCCUGAAUCCAUCUUGUGCUGGUGCAGAAACGUGGAAAAGGACUUCCUGCUGUUUUACCCCUCUAGACCUCCAUCUGCAAACCUGUGGAAUGGAGGCAAAUAUCAAUAUUCCAAUGGGAGCCUUUCGCCCAGGAGCUGGACAGCCUCCCAAAAGGAAAGAGAGUAUGCCUCAAGCAGAGGAGGGGGCUCCUCCUGCUUCAGAGGAAGAGAAGAAGCAAAUUCCUGGAGCAAAGAAACUUCCAGGACCUGCUGUCAACCUACUGGAGAUCCAGAAUGUUAAAAGCGAACUGAAAUAUGUCCCCAAAACAGAACAUUAGUUCAAAGAGGAAAAAAGGGUUGACAUGAAGAAUUAAAGGAGGAAAAAUGGGUUGAAAUAAACACACUUCUUUAAAAAAAUUUA